AUGGGCUCUCUGUUUCUGCAUUCUGUACUGUCCCCGCCAACUAAUUUAGAGCCUCCAUUUUCGUUUUCUUCGCGGCGAAGUAGGUUCACUCGCCGAAAGAGCAGUACUACUUCAGUAGCUUGUUUAGAGAGAGAAAGUACAAAAGAUGAAAGCUUUUGCAAGAGGAGAGCGAUUCUUUACAUGGGUUUUGCGGCACUACCAUUUGUUAAUAGUAAUAAUGCCCUAGCUGUUGAAGGAUUUGCUGCAAAAAAUAAAGAAUUAGGAACUCUAAGUCCAAACCAAGCAGCAGAGCAAGCAGUUAAAGGAAAUUCGUCUCAGAUGCCAUUUUUAUCACUUCUUAAUGCGCUUGGAUAUCUGGGCUCGGGAGUUCUUGCUGCUCUCUAUGCAUCACUGAAGAAGGAAAAAGCCACUUCAGAUGCCACUAUUGAAUCUGUUAAUUUAAAACUGAAAGAAAAAGACACUACUAUUUCCCGCCUCGAGAAAAAGUUCGAGUCUGACCUAUUAAAUGAGAAAGAAGCUCGAAAGAAGGCACUCACAGAAGCGAAUGAGGAAAAGCAAUCUCUAUUAAACCAGUUAGAACUUGCAGAUGGUACAGUAAAAAGGCUCGGGCACGAUUUACAAAAACAGAAAAAAUUAGCCGAUGACCAAACUAUCCAAAUUGAGGGUCUCCAAACUGACCUCAACGAGGCCCAGAAAAGAAAAAGGGCACUUGAAGAAAAAUUGAAGGAAGUAUUAGAUUCGGUAGACGUUCUGCAAGAAAGGGUGAGUUUACUUUCAUCAGAAAACAAGGACAAGGAAGAUAAUCUGGAGAGUGUAAAUUCUAAACUUGCCGAAAAAGAAAACGAGCUUAAUAGGCUGAGUGUCGUUUACAAGCAAACUCAGGAUCAAAUAAGAAGCUUGAAUUUGGAUAUUGAAGGAUUGAAGGGUUUAAUCGGGGAAAAGGAAAAGGAGUUGGAACUGAAGAGUACGAUUGUAGAUAGUUUGAAUGCAGAUUUAAUCGCUUCACGUGCUGAUGUAGACGAGACAAGCAAAAAUUUGGCUUUGAUUGUGAAGGAAUAUGAUCUUUUUAAAUCGUCAGCAGAGAAAAAGGCAGCUGCAGAUGCUGAACUUUUGGGAGAAAAAGAAAAAAUUAUCGGGCAGCUUCAGGAGCAACUUAAGGUCUGUCUGGCUGACGUGGAAGUAAAGAAAUCUUUGAUUUUUGAUUUGACUUCCGAAAAAGAUGGUUUAACUGAGGUUCUCAACAAUGAACUGACAAACUUGGAGAAUCUCAGGAAAGAACUCGAAAUCACAAAGGAAACUUUGGAGAAUUCAAGGAAUGAAGCUUCUGAUCUCGAAAAACAGUUCCAGGAAUCGAGAAAGUCGUGCUCAGAGCUCGAAGCUGAAAUCUCCAAGCUCAAGACCGAGUUUGAAGAAACUCAAAAUUCAUUAAAAAUGGAUUUGGUUGAAACCAGAAAGGUGGCCGAGAUGUUAUCUGAAGAAUUAAGGUCCACAAAGGAUCUCAUAAUUAAAUCAAAUGAAGAGAAAGAAACUAUAUCCCAAGAACUAGCUGCAUUAGUGCAAAAACACAACUCCUUACAAAAUGAACUUGUAGAAGCCCAUCAAAAAGUCGAAAGUGCCGUUCGAGAACUAGAAGAUGAAAAGACGACCUCGUCCUCGUUGCAUGAAGAGAUAAAGACGUUGACGGACCAAAUUUCUGAAGACAACGAGAAAAGGAAGAUUCUUGAAGUGAACUUAGAAGAGUCAACCGAAUCACUCGACAAGGUAAAUCAUCAUGUCUCGAAUCUUUCCAAAGACUUGGAGGCUGCAAAAUCCCGGGUUUUGAGCUUGGAGGAUGAGAAAGAUUUGAUCUUGAAGACCCUUGACGAGCAGAAACGGGUUUCUCAGGAAGCUCGGGAAAAUUUGGAGGAUGCAAAUAGUCUUAUCACGAGGCUGAAGGACGAAAGGGGUAACUUGGAAAGCAGAGGAAAAAAAUUAGAAGAGCAAAUGGCGUCGGCGAAGGGGGAGAUAUUGCGGCUAAAGACUCAGGCGAACGAUAAAAGCCAGCGGAAAGUGGAAGUGGGAAAGAAGAAUACGGUGUCGGCCAAAAAGGUCAAUCGGAAGAGGAAAGUCGACAUGGAGAACGAGGAUUCAUAA